ACUGUUUUGGCAGUACGAUAAAGGUGCUAUCACAACAGCGUUAGAUCAUUAGGAACUAUUGGAUCAUAUGUUUAGUUUUUACAAUGUUGUACCUCUAUGUUUGCUACUUAUUCUCGGGAGUGUCAUAACGGUGAUGGUAAUUCGAUAUCAUAACAGUAGUUAUUGUUUGUUCAACACCGCAGGCCGACUUUCAGAGCAAUCCUUUUGUAGCGUUCCGAUCUUCAUUUGGAGCAGUAGUGUGGUGACAUUGUGCUGUGAUGGCCGAUAUAUGGACUAUUCUUGUGAUACUCUUUGCGCUCAUAGAGACUGUACGACUAGAGUCCUCUUUUCUAGACGACGUGUUAGAGGAUCCACCGUUAACAAGAUCCCUUGGCUUCGCAAUACGGAAGAGGUUUGACAAGACGCUGGAUGACGCGAGACUCAACCAGGAGUAUAUGUACCGUUACAAUGAGAUGCUCAAGGCCAGUCAGGAGUCGUUUGAAAGCUUCGCCAGUCGAGACGAGAGAAGGCUUCGCCGAGUCGUCGGUGAUCAUAAUUACGAAAUUAUGAGAGAAGCAGGUGUAUUGGACCGUCGCCGCAACGCUCCUCGUUUUCAGUCUCCCGUCGGCAGGCGAAGAGCUCGCACGCAAGCCCUGCGCCGACAGAAACUGAACAGCCAGAGUUUGAGGAGUCACCUCCAACACUCCCGACAAACCACCGCCGAUUACAGUGACUAGCCUUUUGAUUUUAAUGUGGCUUCUGCCCAAAUUUGUCGACAACACUAACCUCAGUCAGUUGCCUCAAAACAACUGUGUACUGCGAAUUUAUACGUUCAAUUUUCAAAGUAAUCAGUUGUUUGAGGAAAAAUUGAUGUUUAAGGUGUCGAUGAAAAUAGGGCUUUGAUAAAACCGCGGAAGUUGGUGUUUACUAAUGUUAAUAGCACCGCAAUGGCACAGCUUUACUACAUGUGCCACAUUCAGCUUCGAAAAUGUUAAUGUUACUAAAUAAUUUACUUACAAUUAAGAAUCUGAUACUGCAAAUGCAACUAUUUUAAACAAUGGAUGGGCUGGAGAGAAGGUUUAUGUGUAAGAUGGAAUGAAAGAGAAGAAGAAGAAUAGAGUGAAUGAGAGUGUGACAGCGCUUUCACAAUAGCGGAUUUUACGUGAACUACUGGACAAAAUCCGUUAAUGUUUGAAAGCGCUUAAAAAUAGGGCGAAUAAAAUAGGGAAUGUUAAAUGUGACUGAUAUUAAUAUUUAUAUUUUGUUAUUUUAUUAAUGCUUAUUAUCUCGUAGAACUUUUUGUCAGUCAGCAACUAAAUUCCGAGCAAAAGUACGCGCAUGAGACCCAUUUUUCUCGAGCACGAUCCUGAUUCCUCAAGAUGGUUUGACGGUGCAGACAAAAAGUUUGGCGAGAAUUUUAAGUACUUUAGUACUACAUUAAUAUAGCUUAUGUUACACUUAGUUUCAAGAUUACUUUGACUAAUGACAGCAGUUGAAAAUUUCGCACAUUUUGACAGCAUUUUCGUGUCAUAUAGAACCUUUUAAUUUUCUUUUACAGAUACGCUCAGGAUCAAAAGAUACAGGGGAAUGAUAAAACGUAUCUUUUAUUCUCGUUUUUGUGCCAAAUGUGGUUCAAAUCUUUUACAAACAAAUUAAUAGGUAAUAAUAAUUUCUAAUUCCUUUAGCAAGACUUACUUAAAGUAUAAUUAUAAAAUAAUAAAAGUAUAUUAAGUAAGAAUAAUACUAAAAUUAUGCGGAAAUGUAUCUCUUCCCACUCACCAUUUAAUCAGCCAGUUUAUAGGUUUAGUUACCUACUUAGUUACCACCUUAAUGUAUACUUAGUCUAAUGAUAUUUUAAUUUAAGUAAUCAUUUUUCGUGUAACUAUUUAUUAAUUUAAUGUACUUACUGAAAUAAACUUUAUGGAUGAAAAUGUGACCGCUUAAUUAAACUUUAA